AAUUUUGUAAACUCAACUAUUUUUUCAAUCUGUCCAGAACAAGAAAAAAACAUAAAAAAGAUUUGGAGUUACCUUCCCCCAUCAUCCUUUGCACUUCUUGGUAAUCUUAUUAAAUAUCAUGUUAAGGAUAAGCAGUUACUUAUUCAUCGUCCUCCAGAAUGUAUUAGCCUAUCGGUACAAGUUUACCACGAUUUUAUUCAUAAAAUGGCAGACAUAUAUCCUAGUGAACAUGAGCAUUCUAAAAAUUUUAAAGAAAAAUUUCGACAAUUAUUUGGUGAAGAAUUAAAAAUAAUUUGUCUAGAUGAUGAAUCUUCAAAUGAUAGUGUAUUGGAAUGUAAUUUCCAUUCAUUUAGUGUAUUAUGCCUACUUGCUAAGAUAAAGAAUAAAAUUAGCACCAGUAAAUGUGAUCCGACUACCAAGGCUGAGACUUCUUAUGCGAAAUAUUAUACACAAGAAAAAAAUGAGGAAUUGCUCAAAUGGUGCAACUGGCCGUCUUUUAUCUUAUACUUAGCUAGACCUUGGAUGUGUGUUUUAGGAGCAGUGUAUGUUGAAAAACCCAUUAUAGAUCCCUUAACGGACCUCAUACCUCUCAUUUCUACAAAUAUUCAAGAUCAUGCAAAGUGA